AUGGCGGGCAUAGGAAAACAGCCAAACAAUGACGACCCUCCCACUCCACAGAGACCCGUCUCUUCCCUUCUGUCUCACUUCGAGAAUCUUGCCCACCGGAGAGCACCUUCUGCUGCAACCGCUAGCCCCCGCACCUCCGCAACCCAUCUAAGCUCCGAGGCAAGUGACGACCUCCGGUCAUCUACUCGCGCUUCUCUUGACUUGCCCCGUCCACAAUCUCCAUGGACUCCCGCCGAGGAGAGGCCCAACCAGUUUGGAUUGAACGGUGAUCGGACUCGGAAUCGCGGACUGUCCGAAAGACGAUAUGGCCGGCCCAUCUCUAUGAACUUCAACCGCUCGUCGCCGCAACUUCCGCCCACCUUGACGGUUCAUUCUCCUCAGUCACCUCCACGUAUUCAAGACCCCGACGAUGUCUGGUCACAGCAGGAUGGAACCCGUAAGGCCCGAAGCCCAGGGCAUCGCGCUCAGGAACCCGCAUUCAAUUCGCCCGCACCACCUCGGCCGCUGUCUCCGAUCCCGAAAUUUGGACCCUCCGUCUCUGCAGGAAAUCCGAUGGCCCAGAUGUCGCCUGCGUCUUUGCGCCCCAAUCUCACAGGCAGUCCAGCAGACCGAAAGCUAAAGAGUGCUUCCCUGCCACCUCCGGCGAACCGCGCAUCUAAACCCAAAAUCCCGGCGAAACCGGCCAUGUUCUCUCACCCGGAUACCAGCACCUUGGCUCCUCGGGCAGAACAAGCUUCGCCUGAUCCAAGUGUCUCGCCUUUCAACACCCCUCCUAGCAGUCCGGAGAAGUCACCACCUAAGCUGGCUUCCUCCACCAAGAUUAAUCACAAACCACCGCCAGCUCGACCAACCACCGAACCACCCAGUAGGCGCUCAUUUGACGAUCGAUCCCCUGUCCCGGCACCCAAUGCCAGACAUGAUGCCAGGGAGAUGGGAUUCUCAAGAAAUCGUCCUGUGCCAGAGCCCUCACGAGCUUCUAAGCCUUUGAUGGUUCAAAUCCCCCCUGCACCAGUCGAAUCCCCGCAGACUGCUCCAACAGCGGUGCCUCUUUCCGCGCAGAGGCUUCGAGCUAGCGAUAGUCCAUAUGAUCGCCCAGGACUUCCCCACGACCUUCUGGAACACCCCGGAGGACAGGGUUCUCUCCAAUCUGCGCCCUCCGUCCCACGCAUCAGCGAAUCUCCAGCCCCCAAGCCUAUCCAGCGGCAACCCUCUCUGCCCCGCGAGCCUCAGCUCUCAUCCUCCCUUCCUGAGCGGCGCGUGAUGCGCGCAGAUACAGAGGAGGAAGAGCAAAUUGAAGAGCCAGCUAUCUCGCGGACGGAUUAUCCCGAUGCCUCAAAAGCCAAUCGACGACCUCCUUUUCUCAAGUCUGGCCCCCAGGAGAUCUCCACGAAAUACGAUACCCGUUUGCUAGCUGUGUGCGGCAAGUAUGUCUGCACGACAGGGUAUUUGACCAAAGUGUGGGAUCUCACCACGGGUGAACAAGUGAUGAGUCUCAGCCACGGAGAGACAGUCAAGAGUUUGUCGCUUGCUUUCAAGCCAGGAAAAGGUCUAGAAGACGAGGGCAAUCGCAUCUGGCUCGGGACUAGCGCAGGAGAUAUUCAUGAAGUCGACAUUCCUAGUCAGUCUAUCGUGGCGACCCGAUCAUACCCCUCCCGGCGAGAAGUGAUUCAAAUUUUACGGCACGGAAAAGAGAUGUGGACAUUCGACGACGAGGGACGAUUGCUCAUCUGGUUGCCGGACGAAACUGGCACACCAAACUUGCAGUACAGCUACCACAGCGCGCAGGAGCGUGUAUCCCGAGGCCACACGUUUUCCAUGGUAGUUGGAGACAAACUUUGGUUAGCAGCCGGAAAAGACGUCUAUGUCUACCGUCCGAACGCACGCGAAGAUACUUCAUUCAAGGUCUUCAAAAGACCUCUUGGGCUUCAGCAUUCUGGUGACGUGACUUCUGGAACUUAUAGCACCCGUGAUGGUGGUCGGGUUUACUUGGGACAUGCCGAUGGCAAGGUCACUGUCUAUUCCGCGACCGAUUUCUCAUGUGUGGCGGUAGUCAACGUCAGCGUAUACAAGAUCAACUGUCUUGGAUUUGUCGGAGACUAUCUUUGGGCCGGAUACAAGACUGGUAUGAUCUACGUUUAUGACGUGACGACCAAUCCCUGGACUGUGAAGAAGGACUGGCGCGCUCACGAAAGCCCUGUCUCCGACUUUGUACUGGACACUAGCAGUGUGUGGACCAUGAAUCGCCUACAGGUGACUUCUUUGGGUACCGAUAAUUGUAUUCGUCUUUGGGAUGGUAUGCUCGAAGAUGAUUGGUUAGACGCACGCAUGCAACAUAGAGACGUGGAAUUCUGCAACUUCAGAGAGAUCAAGACUGUUGUUCUCACCUGGAAUGCCGGCGCUGUUACUCCUGGUAGUGUGAAAACAUCUGACUUCAUUCGAAAUGCUGUCACUCCAGAGGACCCGCCUGAAAUCGUUAUAUUUGGAUUCCAAGAGCUGGUCGACCUUGAGAACAAGAAGAUUACAGCAAAGAGCUUGCUUAUGAGCAGUAAAAAGAAGGAAAGUGGCGAGAAAGAGCAUAUGAGUCGUCAGUAUCGAGUUUGGAUAGACCAUCUCACCCGUACUCUGCAAGAAUGCAUGCCUCUAGAAGAGUCUUAUGUUCUUUUGCAUACUGCAAACAUGGUGGGCUUGUUCACUUGUGUUUUCGUCAAGCACAAGGAACGCCACAAUAUCAAAAACAUCAGUGCUUCUGAGAUCAAGCGCGGAAUGGGUGGCUUACAUGGUAACAAGGGUGCCCUUGUCUUCCGCUUUGUCUUGGAUGACAGCUCCAUGUGCUUCGUGAACUGCCAUUUAGCAGCUGGUCAAACGCAGACCGCGCAUCGAAACAACGACAUAGCCGCGAUUUUGGAAGCUGAAACUUUGCCCGCAGAAAGAAACAUGACUUUGCGGACAGAUCAGUUCGCCAGCGGUGGCGAUGGGUCUAUGAUCAUGGAUCACGAAGUGUGCAUUCUGAAUGGAGACUUGAACUAUCGCAUUGACACUAUUCCUCGCAACGUGAUCAUUGACGCAGUCCGUCAAAAUAACCUCUCAAAACUCCUGGACAGAGAUCAACUUCUUUUAUCCCGGCGGAAGAACCCCGGUUUCCGACUCCGCAGCUUCACUGAGCGGCCCAUCACCUUCGCGCCAACUUACAAGUACGAUGUUGGAACCGACGAGUACGACUCCAGCGAAAAGAAACGCUCUCCUGCUUGGUGUGACCGUGUUCUCUACCGUGGCCUGGGCAGUGUCAAGCAGCUUGACUACCGUCGACACGAGGUCCGUGCCUCGGACCAUCGCCCAGUGAGCGCGGCGUUCAAAAUUCGUGUCAAGACAGUGCUGUCUCAGGAACGUGCUGGGACAUGGGAUGCGUGUAAUAAAGAGUUCCAGGAAGAGAAGCGCCGCUUGGCUUCCGAGGCUAGCAUUGAGUAUCUCGUCAAUGUGCUCGGAACUGAUCCACGCCAAGCUCGUGCGCUGAUCAUGGGCAAAGCCCAAUGA